ACACAGAGCGGCUCUGUGUCCGCGCUGCGCUCCUCAUCGCUCUCUCAGCCAGCAGACAGCAGCUCGCUCCAACGGGCCGAAAACACGCAGCAACAGCAGCAGCAGCAGCGCGAGGGGACGGUGUCUGGCAUCUCCCCCAGGAUGGAGGAUUCUCCAUCCAAACGAUCUGUGGCUGAGCUGGCUGGAAGGUUCAAAGGUCACAGUCUACCAAUGCCUACCCCAAAUGACGAGUUGCGAUUGCGAAGAAGACCUCCAUGUUCCCUAAAGUUACAGAACCAAAAAGAUGAAAGUGACUCAGAUAAAGCAAUCGUCUCACCAAAUCCCUUCAAGAUCAAGAUGAAGAACUCCGCCAUGAUCGAGAAAAUCCAGGCCGAUCUCGCCCUGUCCCCCACUGCUCUGCUGCCUUCACGCACCAAGAGCCCCGAGGCGAAGCUCCAGCCGGCGCCGUUGUCCCCGACCACACGCUGCUGCCCGCAGAGCCCCCUCAGCCCCACCCAGAGGCCCUCGCAUCCGUCCAGCGAGGAGGAGGACGCCGUCAGCUUCGACGUCCCUCCGGAGGGGGCCGCCCUGCCGAGCAUCAACAAGACCCGUGCGCGGCUAUCCUUUAAAAGGCGCCCGCCCACGAGGCAGCACAGGAAGUCAGCUGGAGAGGAGGUGGAUGGGAGUGCCUCGUCCCCCUGUGAACUGGACACACCAAAAGAAAACGGGGACACGGACCAGGUUUUUGAAUACGAACAGCCGGCAAGUCUGAAAGAAGUUGAAGAGAAGGACAGGGACUGUGACACGACCCAGGAUGGGGUUUCUGAAUGUGAGCCAGAGGACGGGGGAGAUCUGAGGAUGGAGCAGGAAGCCCCGCGAGCCCCGAACCCGGAGGCUUUGGAGGAGUCACAGCAGCCUUCGGGUCCUGGCCCGGCCCAGCAGAUAGAAGGCCAUGUGGAGACAGAGGAGCAGGAGAUGCCUCUGGAGGAGCUCCAAGGAGGACACGGCAUGGCGUGAAGUUGGAAUGAGUGUGUGCUUGUGUACCUGUGUGUGCUUGUGUGUGUAUGUGUAGUUUUGCAUACGCAUAGCUGUAUUUUUACGGAGUACGUUAUUCUGUUCCUUGGUUAAGAUAACUUUAAAUUCUCCUCAGAAGAAGUUAGUCCAUUUUGGAUUGCGGGUUCCUGCUCUUCUUUUGGUCCCCUCUGUCGUCCCCUAUUGGCCGUCUGCAGAACAGGUCUAUAAGCACUGGAGACUCAGGAGAGCUGCGUUGACAAAAUGCAAAAUAUUAUUAAACUUCAUAUAUUUAGCAGGUAGAUGAAAUGUCUGCUCAUUUCACAUCUCUAUCACUUUAUGUUCAAAACUAUGUACUUUGCUUAUCUAGCUGGUCGCUUUGGCUCGUGUCUAACUCGUGUGUUGGUUUUGCUUUAUUUUGUACACUGCAAGAUAUCAAAUUCACAAUGCAGUGGCUCGAGUCCUCAGCAAUUAUGCACAGAAAUGUUACGUCAAUAAACAUUUUCCUUCUUCUUUACGAAAACA